GUUAUGUCACGUCGGAUCCUCCCGUUCCAGAUUCCUUUUCCGCGAUCUCGCGACCGGAUUCGAACACGUCGGAAGGGUCGGAAGGGGUGUCGCGCGAGAAUUCAAUGAUUUCAUGACGCGAAAAGGAUCUCUCUCGCCGGACGAAUUCGUAAAGCGGAAAUAAGUCUACGCCGCCGCCAUUUCUGAGUGAGUCUGCCUAUUUUGACAGAUGGCAACCACGUGAUUGCGCUAUUUGAAAAUCACGCAUCUGAUACACGCGAGUUCCCGCUUGCUGAGCCAGCGCUUCGUGAAGACCUCGAACGUGCACUUCAGAAGGCUUAAUAAUUCGCUGAGGUACUACCGCCAAAUAGUCCAGCCCAUCAGCAUCGUCAUUUUACCCAAUUACGAGGCGUAUCUGGAGUUCGCGGAGGCCACCAAGUUCUAUCCGAUGUCCUAUCCAGUGUGGUUCGUGCUGUUUCUCUACACCCCCGACAACAGCACUCACGACCAUUGCCGCGAGCCGAUCGGUAAUCCCUUCAAUCUGGCGUUCGACACGCAGAUGCUGGUGUUGUGCCACAACGAGGCGAUCCUGCGGGAAUGGUAUUCCGUCAAGGGCGACACCGUCAAAAUCUUCGACCUGGCGGUGUGGGGAGGCGACGAGGGAUUCAUUUUGCUGACGAAUCUGUCCCUCUACGAUCGGCGGAAAGAUAUGGAGGGAAUCGUUUUACGAGCGGUCACGGUCAAGGAUUUAUCGCUUUCGUCGACGUUUGCUGGGAAUUACGUGGCUAGUAUGUACGGGAAAGUGUUGGAGGAGCUCACGUAUUCGCUUAACUUUACCCUGAAGAUCGUCUCGGAAAUGGAUGAGCAUGGCCUGUGGAACUCGAACACAAACACUUGGUCUGGAGUGAUGGGCGAGAUCGCAUCGAAUCGCGCGGAUUUUGCUAUCGCUGAUAUGUCGAUGACGAGCUUGCGAGUGCGCCAUGUCGAUUUCACGCUGCCCUUGAUCAUAUCUAGAAACAGUCUAUAUAUCAAGGAGCCGGCAAUAUGUGGCGUCAAGUGGCUCGGCUAUUUCCAGACAUUCAAUUCGCGUACGUGGGGUACGAUUGUCACGCUGAUAGCGAUUGCGCCGCUCCUCUUAGCCUUCAUGAAGACAAUUUGCGAAUCACGAAACGCCGUGGAUCUGAUCGAGAAUUUCAUCAGCAUUUGGGGUAUCUUCUGUCAGCAAGCGCUUAUAGAGUUUCCGAAAAGUUCGUCGCUGCGCGUGGCGUACUUCACGAUAUUUCUGACGGCUGUGCUGAUAGCGGCUCACUAUUCAGCGGCGCUGGUUGGUUUCCUGACGUCGUGCACUCGCGUUUUGCCUUUCCAAACGCUAGACGAAUUCAUCGAGGACGGUACUUACAAAUUGAUCGUUCCACGUGGCAGUGCCGACUACGACGUAAUCUCCCAUCAGGCGAAGAACAAUGCGUCGACACAGGCUUCUGCCUUCUCAGCAAGUCUGAUGAAAAUAAUGAAGGACGAAUAUAGAUUACCGAGGGAUCUGAUCGAUGGCUUUGUACAGGUGUGCAAGGAGAAAAGGGUUGCUUACAUGGUGCUGAGCGCUUUGAAGAAAAGCGUAGAAAUAAAGAUACCCUGCAAACUGUCGAGCAUCAGCACCGAGAGGAUAGACAACUUAGGACUGAUUCUAUCGAAGAAUAGUCCCUACACGAGUUUAAUAAAUUAUCAUUUGCAGAAAUUUCUGGACAACGGUAUAAUGACGCGUCUGAGGGACACGAGAUUUUUGCCGCAGUUGACCGAAAACAAGGUUUACAAGCCGGUCCGCAUGGUUAGCGUCGUCCCAAUUUUGGCGAUUCUCUGUGGAGGUUUUAUUAUAAGCAUCGCGAUACUGAUUAUAGAGAAAAUUUAUUAUCGGUUGAGGAGAAGGAAAUUCCAAUCCAGAACUUUUUAUCCUGCUAAAAUGUUAUUUAUCAAGAACCACUAUAAUUCAGAUAAAACUUAAUUCAAUUUACUAUGAAUUAACAAAUAUUUUUUAUUCAGAAAACUUCUUUAUCCUCUAUUACUAAAAAUUUUUAAUUCGUGUGUGUA